AUGAGAACCUCCGUCCUCUUCGCUCUACCAGCAUUAGUUUGCUUCGUAUUGGCUAGCGACCACUACGAGUAUGGAGAAGGUGAGUAUGGUGCCGGUCACGGUGGACACGACCACGACAAAUCGUAUAGCGACGGUUAUACGAAAGGGUUCGAUAAGGGAGUAUAUGGCGAAUACAGUAGCCACAAGUACGGUGGAUUCGGAAAACACGCUAAGGGCAAGGAACACGCAUCUCACUACGGAUCGGAAUAUGAUGACGGACACGAUGAGGGACACCACGGAAAAGAGCAUCACGAAGAAGGACACAAAUACUACGAUGAUGGUCAUGGCCACGGGCACCACGGACACCACGGAGGCGACCACGAUCAUUAUGGUCACGGAGACUUCGGGCACCAUCAUGGCCAUCAUGGACUUCACGGACUUCACGACCUUCAUGACUUCCAUCACGACUUCGAUCAUCAUGGUGAUCAUUACGGUCACGAUCAUUACUGA